AUGUUAGAAUCAAAAGUGAGUAGAACAAAAUUUUUGAUAGUAUCUGGCCUAAACAGUCCAAUAUAUACUGUGCUAAACCGAAGAAACGUAUAUUAUGAGACGAUUUUGCUGCCUACAAAGUUUUCAAGUACUUAAUUUUGAGAAGUUUUCGAAUUUUAAGAAGUAUCACAAGUCUCUUCCGCGUCUUCAUGUUCUUGGGAACCCAAAGUACGUACUAGAUGUACAAAAGUAUUUAUAGAAGUAAUUUUUUUUGACAACCAUACUUGACUAUGUGUAAACACAAGGGGUGUCUGUAUUUCCGUUUUUUUAACAAUUUUUAAACUCGUUUUACCGUUGGUCAGUUACACCAAAUAUAACACCCAUACAAAGGUUAGUAACAUAAAAACUUGUGCUAGAUUUUUCAUCCCCGCAGGCUGGGAAUCCCGCAAUUUUCGAAACAAUUCCCCGCCGCAGAGGGGGGGGUGAGGGGAGGGAAGGGGAAAUCCCUCCGACGCUACUUGUACAGUUUUUUACGGAGAAUCGACCGAUUACAAAAAUAAGUUUUAAAAAUUAGUGAGUGGUUAGAGGGGGACCCAUAUCCCUCCCCCCCACACCAAUAAAAAAAUUGAAAAAAGUAGAACGUCCCUGUGGAUUUUUGGAAAAAAUUUUUGCAAAAAAUCCGCACAGAGCCACCUUUGUCAAUUUUUUCGACCCCCGCAUCCAGACCAAAAGUCGCCGCCAAGCCCUGAUUACAAGUACUUUCAGUUGGUCGCCUGGUACAAACUAAAACAAUUGUUCUACAAGUUAGUCGACUGGUACUUAAAAAACCUUUUAGUUUUGUAAUAUUCAUAUUGUUCUAGUUGGGUUGUGUUUUUAACUAUUCUUCUAACGUGUCUUCUUAAAUGUAACUAAUAUAAAAGUUAGCUAUGAAAAGGGAAGUAAAAUAACAGCGUUUCUUGACGACAUUGUACAAUACCUUUCGAUACUAAUAACAAUACAAAUUCAUUCUGAAAACGGCAAAACUUCUUCUUUAACUACAAUAAUCUAAACAAGAAUUUAAGUUUUUGUUCUUCCUCAUAUGCUGUGACAGUUAUUGUUGUGGAACAAAUAAUAUGCAUACCUAACACAUAUUGGUGUAACAAAAACCAAUAUUUAAGUCAUAUUGUGCUCCUAAUAACAACUGGUUACAAGGUAUUAGCUGGGGUUUAAUACGUUGGUAAUAUACUUCCUCAUUUUAUUGUUAUAUUUAGUUUACUGUACGGUGUAUUGCUUCUACUAGUUUCUACAACAAGCCUUGUAUACUUUCUACGACUAACCUUAGUGGACUUUAUACCGUCAGCCGUGUUCUUAAAUAAAAAACAGACAUACCUCAAUGUCAUACAUAAUUAUUCCAUGUAGCAAAAGGCUAGAAUAGUGAUAAACUGGGUGACAGUUUUGAUUGAUAUCGCCUCUAUUAUCAGUAAUUCGUUGGUACUGUAUUUGUGUUGCAAACAAAAGAACAAGCUAAAAAGCUACGGCAAGAUCAUCGGCCUUACAGCAGGCUUUAACAUUUUUCAAAGUUUGCUGGAGGCUAAUACUAACGUGGUAAGUAAUGUUAAAACCAAGGCUGAGGCUAAAAUUAAGGCUAAGGUUAAGGUUAAGGCUAAGGCUAAAGCUAAGGCUAAGGCUAAGGCUAAGGCUAAGGCUAAGGCUAAGGCUAAGGCUAAGGCUAAGGCUAAGGCUAAGGCUAAGGCUAAGGCUAAGGCUAAGGCUAAGGCUAAGGCUAAGGCUAAGGCUAAGGCUAAGGCUAAGGCUAAGGCUAAGGCUAAGGCUAAGGCUAAGGCUAAGGCUAAGGCUAAGGCUAUGGCUAAGGCUAAGGCUAAGGCUAAGGCUAAAGCUAAGGCUAAGGCUAAAGCUGAGGCUAAGGCUAAGGCUAAGGCUAAGGAUAAGGCUAAGGCUAAGGCUAAGUCUAAGGCUACGGCUAAGGCUACGACUACGGCUACGGCUAAGGCUACGGCUAAGGCUACGGCUACGGCUACGGCUAAGGCUACGGCUAAGGCAACGGCUACAGCUAAGGCUACGGCUAAGGCUACGGCUAAGGCUACGGCUAAGGCUACGGCUAAGGCUAAGGAUAAAGCUAAAGCUAAGGCUAAACUCAAACAAAACCUAUGUUUGCGAUCGUUCAUCCAAGCCUAA